AUGGGUGAGGGGUUAGGGGAUGAAUGGGAACGGGAGAGGGUGACGCUCUUGAGGGUGUGGAAGUCACCCGGCCACUACAAGAGUGAUCCUUUCUUCUCCCUCUCCUCCUCCUUCGCAUCAUGGGUGGGCCCCGCAGGUUACGCCGACAGCAUGGGACCACGAUCAUUUUCACCCUCUAAUGAAGACCGAAGGUCUCAAAGGCAGCCGCUGUCACACCAGAUCACGGUGGAUCAGCAAGCUCUUACACUGUCGAGUACAGCUAGCUCGCUUGACUCAUGUCUGCAGCGUGUGGGGGGUGACUUGAGUUUGUUUGUUUGUCUUCAUGCUACUGAAGCCGUGGGCAUUGUUUGUUUAGGAUUUGAAGGGACCAUCAGGAAAUCUCCCAUCAUCGAAAACAGGAAUCGUGGGGGAAAACAGCAGCUGUGUUUGAAAACGGGAUCCUUACUACUACUAGCUGUGGUGACGGCAGCAAAGAAAAAGGACAAGAAGAAGGCAAUUGACAGGUAUCUCACACCAGCACCACCGACCGUGAAAGAGGAAGUGAACAUCUGCGACCUACAGAGUCAGCGGGAACUUAACAUAUAUUGCCACUGUGAUGUUAUGGAAUGGCAGAACGCAACAACCGCCAACUGUUGGAUAUUUAACCUCGGGGAAAGGCCUGAGGCGCCCAUCUGGGACGAAUUCCGCUCCCAGGGCAAUAUCACCAAACUGGACUUUCACAUAAGGACUCAAUCGACACUUACGUUUAUCCCUACUAGAGCAUUGUCGCAUCUACGACAGUUGAAGACACUGGAAAUCGUCUACGCCACGAUAGAUACAGUAGAACCGUUCGCUUUCGCCAACCUGACUCUUCUUCAGGACCUAGCGCUGACCAGGAACGGGAUCGUGACAUUGAUGCCCUACUCCUUCAGCCAUCUGCCUGAGCUGAAAGUAAUCACACUCGGAGAGAACAGAAUAGCCGAACUGCAGAGAGACGUGUUCAUCGCACUCCCAUCCCUGCGAAAGCUGUACAUCGAUAGGAACAACCUCAGUGUCCUCCACGACAGGGCGUUCUCGCACUUGACUCACCUGGGAGAGUUGGAGCUCCAUGGCAACCAACUGACGGUUGUUACCAGAGAGACUUUUGCUGGUCUUUCUUCUUUGAAACGGCUGGACUUGCAUCAGAACAGUUUGACGAUGCUGGGUGACUACACGUUCUCGGAGACUCCACAGUUAGAGGAACUACUGGUGGAGGGCAACAGCAUCCAAUACAUCAGUGAGCGCGCGUUCCACGGCGUGUCGAUGCUGAACCGUCUCGUCCUGAGUGAGAACAAACUGCAGGUGCUGUCCAGUAACGUGCUCACACCUGUGCCGAGGGUACGCUUCCUCGACCUGCGUGACAACUACCUGCACACUCUUACUCAUGACACCAUCAGUCCCAUCCUACCUAACCUGCGCAACGUUACAUCCUACUUCUUCAUCGAAGGAAACCGGUUCUCCUGCGACUGUCGGCUUGCCUGGAUGCACACAUUGCUGAACGAGACCCCCAACGAGCACGUGCGUAACGUCAUCGAAGAGCUCACCUGUUUCUGGAACCGCUCGGAACACAUGGAGGGAGGAGUGGCGCCUUUGACCUCACAGAGUCACGCCCGCCACCCCUACACACCCCACCACGAUACUCAUCGCCCCCAUUACGACCCACAUCGGCCCCACCAUGAUCAAAGGGAAGAACCCAACGACAUCAACAGCUACGACGAAGAUGAUGACGAUUACGUUUCGGAAACGGGAAAACAAACCAACUUCUUGGACAUUCCUACGGAGACACUGCCCUGCCCAGAGGCUCUCAAGCACGCCACCGACUCCCCCCUGACGGCCGACACUCAUCACGAGAUCCUCGCCUCUAGCUCGUCCACAAUACUCAGGCUGAGUCUCCUUCUGCCCCUCCUACCACUGCUGAGUUCCCUAGCCACGUGAACCUACCCCUCAUAAUCCUCCUGAGAGCCGAGAGACGAGACUGACACCACGGACCUUUGAACAGUGUCCUCUAGACUGUUUUCUAAGGUUUUAUACGUUUGCUCUUGUUGUUAGGGAGCUAGUGAGUUCUUUACUGUCACUCCUUGUUACUUUUGAACAUAUUAUAAAUCUGUAAAAGUACAUUAAUAUGAUGAUAAUCUUCUCCAAAAAUUGAAGAUUUAACAUUUUUUUUAUAGUUUCAUAAAUUUUCUCUCCUGUAUACCGCUUUGAUUGACAUAAUAUGGAAGUUGUGUCGAAUAAUUUAUCUAACGCCCGCCAAGUCAGUAAGAAACAGAGACCAAUAAAUUGGUAUCUGAUAUGGUGUAUUUAAAAACAUAUAAUUUACCUUGAAUAUAAUGUAUAACUUACCUGUAAAGGAUUAAAAGAAAUAGCAUAGUAAAUGUUUUAUGAAUAUAAAAUAAUAUUUAAUAAAUUCAGAAUACAUAACAGUUUUGGAAUAUGUUAAGCAUCAGAUUAGUUCUAUGGUUUAAAUGAAUAUUUUCUUGUUCAUAUCAUUAAAGAAAAAAUAAAAGUAAUUUAAACAAACUGGAAUGAUAUAGCGUUGAAGUAAAUACAGGUUAAGAAAACCAGUACUUAAUUAGUUCAAAAGUACCAAGAGUAAUACUUUUUGCAAUGUGUACCCCGUCACCCAACAGUCUAUUUUUCUAAGUGUUAAUCGUUUUAAGCACACCGUAACGUCUAGAGGCAUUAUAAUUGUAAAUAGUGUUUACAGAAUCCUGCAGCUGUUGUAAAUAAUACCGCAAAAAUGAUUGGGAAAGAAGAAUUUUUAUUUGUGCAAUGAUGGAAUACGUUAAAUGUAGUUUAUCUACGAAUUUGUUUUGUCAGUUGUUGCUUGCUAAGUUAUGUGGCUUCAUCACUUUUUUCAAUUAUUAAUGUUGGUAUUUGUGAAAGGUCGCCAUAUUUUUAUAUCUUGCAAUUCAAUUUAAUUUCAAAGCUUUUCGACUGAUAUGUUCAGAUCAGUAUCUCAAUAUUUGCCGAGUGUUUAAUGUUAUGUACCAUUGUAAUGUCCUCACAUUCCACCCACCUGACUCGAGGAGUUACUAUAGGUCGAUUUGUACAAAAGAACUUUUUCACAUUGCCAUUUUUACUAAGGUGUAUCCUCUGUACAUAUUGAUGUAUAUAAAGUCAUUAAGGGAGGCCGAGUGAAGACCUAAAUGUAAUACGAGUAUGGUUAUACGUAUUAAAAACUUACUAAAUAUUUGAAGCCUUGCCUACAUGUUAGAUUGGCUACUGUGAAUAAGCACGUAUUUUUUGUGAUAAUUACUAAGACCUAAAAUGUAUUUUAUACUAAGAAUUCAAACGUCAUCCCUUUUGUUAAAUUAAAUCUUUUUGACGUGAUGUAACAGAAUAUAAUACUUUUAUGAGUAGUGAUAUCAUAAAAAAAUUUAAUUUGACAUAUUUUUGUUAUUUAACCCAUACAAUACGACUAUUUUAGAACAUAUUUUUCUAAGUUACGAGAAACCACGUAAAGUGGAUAGUAUAAAUUGUAAUUAGCAUAUAUUAGUAGGGUACAUUCAUCAAUCAACAAUUAAAUUAUGUGUCUUGUUAACAAACUGAUUAUUAUCGUUGAAAGCACUUUGAUCGUCAAUUUCUUUGCUCCUUAUUCUUGUAGUAACUGCUUUCGGUUAUAUUUUUAAUUAAUUUAUAACGCUAUAAAACUCAGUGUUUUUUAUUCAUUCUACUUGGAUCACAAAAAAUAAUGUCAUCAUGUGUAUUAAUUUGAAUAAAUGUAUUUCUUUGUAAAA